AUGGCUGACGACUACUUACAACCGGCACGUGCCUUCCUGGACUGGUUCCGCGCCUGGCCCGGUACCACGUUCCACGACGACAUUGAGAUUGUGGACCUGCGCGCCCGCGGCGCCGGUCGCGGCAUCAUCGCCAAGAAAGACAUUCCUGUGGAUACGGUUCUCUUCACUAUCCCUCGCAAGGCCAUCAUCAGCGCCACCACGUCGGAGCUGGCCACGCUGAUCCCGUCCAUCGUCCAGGGCGCAGAGAAGGAGGGCGACAAUGAGGGCGACGACGACGGCGACGAGGACAACGGCGACAGCGCACAAGACCCGUGGACAUCUCUCAUCCUCAUCCUCAUCUACGAGUUUCUGCGUGGACCCGCCUCGCCAUGGAAACCCUACUUUGACGUCCUGCCGGAAGUCUUUGAUACGCCCAUGUUCUGGACGGCCGACGAGAUCGAGGCGCUGCAGGCCAGUCCCGUCGUGGACCGAGUGGGCCGUGAAGAGGCCGACGAGAUGAUCCGGACAAAAAUGCUGCCCGUCAUCCGUGCCCACAGCAGCAUCUUCUUCGGCGAGGGAGUCGCGCCGCUCGACGACGACGCGCUGGUAAAGCUGGCCCACCGCAUGGGCAGCACCAUUAUGGCCUACUCGUUUAGUCUAGAGAAGGACGACGACGAGGACGAAGAGGAAGACGAAGAGAAGCCAAAAGGCGACCACGAGGACGUGGAGAUGAAGGACGGAGACGCGGAACCACAAGACCAAGAGCACAACCACGGCCCCAACUGUGACCACGGCGACGUCUCCGACUCGGACUCGGAAGGCCACGGCUGGGUCGAGGACAAGGACGACCAGCUGCCCCUCGGCAUGGUCCCCAUGGCCGACAUGCUCAAUGCCGACGCCGAGUGCAACGCCCACAUCAGCCACGGCGUCGAGGCCUUGACCGCCACCGCCGUCCGGCCCAUCCGCGCCGGCGAAGAGAUUCUCAACUACUACGGGCCCCUCUCCAAUGGCGAACUCCUCCGCCGCUACGGGUAUACCACCGAUAAGCACGCCUUUUUCGACGCCGUCGACCUGCCCUGGUUCCUCGUCCAGCUCCACCUGGCGCGCCAGCUCGACCUCUCUGCCAGCGACACGGCCAAGGUCGCCGAGACGAUCGAUGUCGACGAAUUUGAGGAUCCGGUCAUGCUCGACCGCGACUUUGAUGAGGACGAGACGACGGGCCAGCUGAAGGCGCCCGAUGCGGCGGGCACGGUCUUGACCGAACUGCCCCAGACGCUCCGCCGCCAGGCCCGUGCGUUUGCCAAGGUCGCCCUCCGCCAGCUGCAGCGCCGCCGCGAAAAGGCCCUGGCCGCGUCAAAGAAGCAGACAGGCAAGAACGGCAAGAACGACAAAACGCACCCGCCCAAGACCGAAAAGGAGGUCGUAGCCGCGGCUCUGGCGGCUGCUUUUGCCGAGCGGCUGGCCGCGUACCCGACAUCCCUGGAGGCUGACGAGGCCCAGUUUGCCGAGACACCCGCCGGCAGCCGCCUGCACUCGGCCCUCCGUGUGCGCAUUGGCGAGAAACGGCUGCUUACCGAAGCCUUGGCGCUCGCCAAGGCGGACCUGGCCACCGCCAAAGCCGAGGCCAAAGCCGAAGCCAAGGCAGAAAAGGCGGCCGAGAAGGAGAAGCGGCGUGGCAACGGCGAUGACCAGCCGUCUGGCAAGCGGCAGCGGAGGGGCUAG